AUGGAUGUCCUGACGACGCUGCGCAGCCACUUUAAGCUGUCUGCGAUGCCCAGCAUCGCAAGCGACGGUAUGCAGUACGCCAUCAAUGUCAGCUGCGCCGGAUGCGACGCUUGCGUGCUCUGGCCAAAGAGAGCCAGCAUUUUCACCGUGGACCCGGAGACGGGGAAGCAGCAACUAUAUGGAGCCAUCGGUUCUGUCCGAACUGAUUUCCAAUUUCCGCCAUCCCCGGGCGCUGUCCAGGCCUAUCAGAUUGAGAUGCGCGUCCCAAAGUGGUGCAUAGGCCCCUUUCGGCUGAGCUUUCAGAAGCGCGUGGCCGUCCACACUGACGAGCCGCUAAUGCCUGCAGAGGCA